AUGUCGAAGGAUGACUUGAAUUUGUUUGGAGUGGUUGAGACAAAGGAGGAGGCUCAUGAAAACAAGAACCCAUCAGAAGAAGAAACACAGCAGAAGAACAGGAAAAAGAACAAGAACAACACGGACAAGAACCAGAACAAGAUCAAGAACCAAAACCAGAACCAGAUCAAGAUCAAGAACCAGAACAACAGCAAGAACAAGAAAAACAACAACAACAACAACAACAACAACAAGAACAAGAACAACAAGAACAAGAACAAGAACAACAAAAACAAGAACAAGAACAAGAAGAGCCUCCUCAAUCUCCCUCACCCGAACCAACCGAUAGCACUUCAAGCAAUCAACUGA